AUGUCUUCUAUCCUCGCUCUUACGGGUUUGCUUGCUAUCGCCGCUGCCCAGCAGAUCGGCAAGACUCCUGAAGUUCACCCAAAGCUGCCGACUCAGCUCUGCACCACCCGUCAUGGGUGUGUGACCCAGCAGACCUCAGUUGUGCUCGACGCCCUGACUCACUCGAUCCAGAACAUCAAGACCGGUGCUUCCUGCGAGAACUCGACAGGCUUCCCGGAUCAGACCAUCUGCCCGAAUGCCCAGGCUUGUGGCCGCAACUGUGCCAUUCAGGGCAUCAACGACUAUGCUCAACACGGUGUUACAGUCAGUGGUAACUCUAUGACGCUUCAUCAGUAUCUAAACGUCAACGGCACCGAGACUAGCGUCUCUCCGCGCUUGUAUCUACUCGCUCCCGGAGGCCAGAAUUACGAUCUUCUGAAACUCCUGAAUCAAGAGUUCACCUUCACCGUAGACGUGAGCAAUCUACCAUGUGGCAUGAACGGCGCAUUAUAUCUCUCUGAGAUGUCUGCCACCGGUGGUCGCUCGUCCCUCAACCCAGCAGGUGCCGCCUACGGUACUGGCUACUGCGAUGCUCAGUGCCCGAAGUCGGCAUGGAUCAACGGCGUGGCCAACAUUAACGAUAAUGGCGCCUGCUGCAACGAGAUGGACAUCUGGGAGGCUAAUGCUGUGGACACACAGUUCACCCCUCACGCCUGCAAUAUCACUGGCUUAUAUGAGUGCUCUGGUGCCUCCUGCAGCAGCACUGGUGUCUGCGACCAGAUUGGAUGUGGCUACAACUCCUACGCUUAUGGCAACAAGACCUUCUAUGGUCGUGGAGAUGUUGUCAACACGAACAAGCCUCUCACAGUAGUCACGCGAUUUUACACAAGUGAUGGUACUGCCACUGGCACUCUCAGCAACAUCACCCGCCUUUACAUCCAGAACAACAAGGUCAUCCAGAACGCUGUCGUUCAAGUCGCCGGUAUGGGUGUCAACUCCAUCGAGGAACCCUUCUGCGAGAUCGUGGCUUCGUCAUUCCAGCAGCACGGCGGACUUGCACAGAUGGGCAAGGCACUCGGACGCGGCAUGGUCCUCGCCAUGUCCAUCUGGAACGACCCCGGUCAAUUCAUGAACUGGCUGGACAGCGGCAAUGCUGGUCCUUGCAAUGCUACCGAAGGCAACCCUGCUCUUAUUGAGGCCAAUGACCCUACUACGAGUGUUACUUUCAGCGAUAUCAGAAUUGGAGAUAUUGGCUCGACUACCAACACUGGUCGUGGUGGCUACCAGUUCUUUGCUUGA